UUGUUUCCCUAAUACGUUUAAAGAAUGAGUAAGUUAAUGGGUCCUUACAACACAAACGACCGGUUCUAUGGUGUAGUGGUUAGCACUCUGGACUUUGAAUCCAGCGACCUGGGUUCGACUCCCGUCACUCUGUCUGCCGAAGCUCAGGCGGCGAAAAUGGAAGGGGUGAACUACGAAACCCUAGCAAUCAAGCAAAAUUCCUCGGUCGUAUACCUCUACCUCAACCGCCCGCGGCAGCGCAACGCUCUAUCCCGCGAAUUCUUCUCAGAAUUCCCCAAAGCCCUCGCCUCCCUCGACCAAAACCCUAGCGUCAGUGUAAUCGUCCUCUCCGGCACCGGCGACCACUUCUGCUCCGGAAUUGACCUAACAACCUUCGCCUCCAUAAAAAAUCAGUCCGGAUCCCUCCGUCCAGGACGCGCCAACGAGUGGCUCCGCCGGGACAUCAAGUUCCUGCAGGACGCCAUUACGGCGAUCGAGCUGUGCAGAAAGCCCGUCAUUGCCGCGAUCCGUGGAGCCUGCAUCGGCGGUGGAAUCGAUAUCGUGACCGCCUGUGAUGUAAGGUAUUGCACGGAGGAAGCCUUUUUUUCCGUCAAAGAGGUGGAUUUGGCGAUUACUGCUGAUUUGGGGACGCUGCAGAGGCUUCCUGCGAUUGUCGGGUUUGGGAACGCGAUGGAAUUGAGCUUAACGGGUCGCAGAUUCUCGGGUCAGGAGGCCAAAGAGUUGGGUCUGGUUUCCCGGGUUUUUGGUUCCAAGGAGGAAUUGGGUGAAGGCGUGAGACUUAUUGCAGAAGGAAUUGCUGCAAAAUCGCCGCUUGCUGUGAUUGGAACGAAAUCCGUGGUUUUGAAGAGCAGGGAUAUGAAUGUAGAUCAAGGAUUGGAUUAUGUAGCAACUUGGAACUCUGCAAUGCUAAUGUCUGAUGAUUUAACAGAGGCCAUCUCGGCACAAUUGCAGAAAAGGAAGCCUGCCUUUGCCAAGCUUUGAUCUCGCUUUGUUGUGUGUCAUUUUACUUGCAGAAUAAAGGGAAAAUGGUACUAUGAUGUUGUUGUCUGUUGUAUUUUGAAUCUGGUGAAUUCAGUAUGAAACGAAAAGUUUGAAUGAAACAUGAAAAUCUGCUAUCAGUUGUUGUCCUUGUUGACAGUUCACGAUGCAAUAAAGUUGCCUUCUUGAUGGAUUACUGUCUUCUAUUUUGUUAUUUCUGGCCUAUUCUCUUUUCAUAAACUAUGAACGACAUAUGCCCGACUGGGUUCUGAACCGAAUGCAACAGUAGAUAAGAGUACGGUCGUGACAAGGCUAUCGAAACGACGAGUUGAUUGAGAGUUGGUGCCAAACAUCAGGAAGUAUAAGUAGGUUUUUCGUUAGUUCAAAUCGUGAAAAUGGUCAAAUCAGCACAUAGGAAAAAGCUUCAUUCAUGUGGUUCCUGUUAGAGUUUGAUCAAUUGUCACCCUUUCUGGCUUCCCAUCUUCUUUCAAUUCUUUUUGUUUGGUUUCUCUUGUUUGGUAUCCCUGAUAGCUGAAGGUCCUUUCUUUGACAGGCGAACGAUCAAAAAGAUUGCUCAGCACAGUAAAGGAAGAUUUGUGGAAGGUAAAGCAGCCGCCCGGCGCAGGAUAAGUUAAGCCAAGCCGUGAUGCCACUUGCCAGCUAAAUGGAAGGUAGGCUUAGAAAGCGGCUUAGAAAGCAAAGUGCCGCAGACUGAAAAUGGGGAAACAGAUCCACAGACUUUGUUUCCAUUCCGAGCCUUCCUCAACUCGGUAAAACCCUUGCUCUGUUUCUUUCUUGGCUCACCAGUUU